GUUCAAUAACAUCGCGUUCUCGACUGCAUGAUUGUCGCAGGUCUUGCCACUUCGAUGCACCAACAACGCAAGGUCUUGAGGAUGGGGUGGACGUCGGUGAGGCGUCGUUGGGUCUCUGCUCUCUGUCUUUGCCUUCUGGUAGUUCAUGCAUCUUCGUUGAAGUACCGCCUUACAUCUACACCAGCUAUAGAAGGGGAGCCAUGUACUCUAUCGUGUAGACACGAUCACACCAUAGGAACUGCACUGUGGUACAGGAACCUGGUCCGGAUUUUUCAAACAAAUAGGAAUUUCCCACUUGAGAUGCUUGACAGGAACACUGAUCACGAGGAGUUCCGGUCUGUGUCAGGACGUAUCUCUGUGGAUGCAACCCCGAUCCGACACAACGUGAUCCUCACCAUCAACUCUACACUGGAUGAGGGAUCUGUGUGGAGGUGUGGUCUAGAGGAGGAUUGUAGUAAUAACCUGACAGUAAGGGUGGUCAAGCCAGUCACUGGUUCAUCGACCGGCAGCCCAGGGACUAGUGGCAACUAUAAUGAUGUCAUGGCUGAAGAUUCAUCCCUACCUCCUCUUGCCACGGCUUCUCUAGGGGGAGCACUGCUGGUCAUAAUCACUCUCACUGCACUGAUCUGGAGCUGCGUGGUAGGACAACGUAAGUCGGAAAGUCAAGCUGCUUUGCCUUCUCGGGACGACAUGACAAUCAGGACUCCGAGGACACAGACAUUGUCACUGAUACCAGAAUCUCAAAUGCAGACACUGAACCUGGAAGCUUAUGAUUUAACUGAGAGUUUUCAGCCAGAAACACAGUACAGUCAGGUCAAGAAGUCAGCCAGGAGCAGUCAAGAUCACCCACAACCAAUAUACAGCGUGGCUUGUAAGCCGAUAAAGCCCACAUGGGGGCAGUAUCCAGGAGAUGCAGGUCCUCAGCCCUGUAACUUAAAGGUGCCAGCAGUUAAGAAGAUGGUUGACGAGCAGGGAUCGAUAAUCUAAUAAUGCAUAUAUGUCCCUUUCAAGCACUGUUCAGAAUAACACUUUUAAAGCAUACGAUUUCGUUGUAUCAUGUCUUUAUCCAAGUGUAAUUGUUUUUUAAAACUUGUCUGUCAAGUUGUGACGAGUAUUACGUUGUUUUCAUUUUCUCAACAGAAGGUGGGAGGUUCGAUAUCCUUGUCGCGUCAUUUCAGAAUAGGCCUAAAGAGGGUACUUGUUACCCUGCCUGGUGCUCAGCUCUAAAGGGAAAGAACAAAGUCUAUCCAUGUUAAAUGAAAUCGCGAUGGGCUGGUACUCCAGUACUAGUAGCCACACACACGUCUCCGCACUCAGCAAUAUUCCACCAAUGUGACGGCGGUCUGUAAAUAAUCGAGUCUGAACCAUACAAUCCAGUGCUUUUCAUCAUGAGCAUUUGGGCUAGGCGGGCUAGGCGAUUCGGAAACGAUGCCAUGCAUCAAACCAAGUCAGCGAGCCUAACCACCCGAUCCCGUUAGUCGCCUUUUACGGCAAGCAUGGGUUGCCGAAGACCGAUACUCUACCCGGAUCUUCACCGGAAACACACACAUGUGCAUGCACGUCGCUGCAUAAGUGACAUUCUCUUGAAUGCGACUUUAACCCCCAUUUCACUUCACCUCAUUUGCUCAAAUGCAACACAAUUCUAUGUUGUAAAAAAUAAAUUCAGUGAGAGUGGGUAAAUGAGAUAAACAUCGCGUGACAAUAAUUAGUCACGUAAGGUCAAAGUGAUACAGGUCGUUUCCCAUUUGGGAAUGUCGGAUUGUGAGUAUGUUGCGUACAAACCAAGGAUCAACAUGAGGGAUUCACAUCACCAUCUGAUUCUGGCAGAUAAAAGGACGUCAUGGCGCAGCAAAUUUAGAAAGUCGCUUUUGUUUCCAAGGACAAGAGAACACUCGGUUUUGUACUCUUUGUUUGCAUAACGCCGUGUUAAUGAAUCAGUGUGGAAUGUGUGUGCAAUCAACUGAUUGACACAUCUAUGCCGUUGGAUUGAUCACAUCGUAGUAUAUAGGUAUAUAGGCAACAAUAACUAAAGUUCGAUAGACAUAUAUACACACUACAUUUUCAGUAAGAACCGGGGCUUUCGUUUACUUUUAAUUCCACUUUUCAUCAUUUUUCGAAUGAGUUUUUACUAAAGUUUCUUUAUUUUCAAUAUUGUCCUCAUUGACAUGAUACGUUCACAAUAUAGUCCAUUGUAAUAGCAUACUAUUUUGUCUCUAU